GCACAAAGUGUAGUCGGCUGGAUUGUCUUGUUUUCGUGGUGUCGGUUUCCGUUUCCAAGCGCAGCCAGCCAACCAACCAAUAUGGCGAAGAAGUCUUCCUCUGGUCGCUCCAGCGCCCGCCCACGAAAGACAGCAUCGACGAUCGUGGAUGAGGCAAAGGAGCCAUCGACGCCAGCAGAACCUGAGGAAGGCGAGGAGAAAGAAGACGUGUUUGUUGAUCCAGACACGGAGAUUCCAGGCGUGCCCCCACCACCGGAGCAGCUGCCUCGAACCUUGCCCGCUUCAGCUCGGCUCUUCACCAUCUUGCAACCAACUUCCGACGAGGGUGUGUACCUUAAAGAGAAGCUGUGGCCAACGCUGGAGCUUGCACUCGACAAACUCAUCCUUGCCAUCAAGUACCACAUCCCACGCGACAUUCGCCAGCAGUAUGAAGAUCCUUCAAUGGCGUUUACAAAGCACCCGGAGCACGCUGUCAACUUCAACCCCAUUGACUGGCUGGGCACGUUUCUCAAACGGCACAACCCAUACAACCCUCCUGCUCUGACCCACGACCAGGCAGCAGCGAGAAUCCAGGCCGCAUUCAGGGGGAGUCAAGUGCGGAAGAUGUACAAGGUGUUGAGGGAAGAGGCAAGAAGAAAGAAGGAGGAGGAAGAUCUGGCGCGUCGACGGGAGGCGGCUGCGCUACGGAUCCAGGCCGCAUACAGGGGACACAGCGUACGGCUCGAGCUCGCAACAGGCAGGCUGCACACCCGCCACUAAUGGCAGUGGUGUGUAGUGGUGUGCAGUGGUGUGAUGACAGGGGUGUAGUGGUGUGGUGGUGUUGAGAGGUUGCAGUUGCUGUGUGGCAUCAUGUUGAUUUGAUGCGUCAGCGUUCAGUGUUUACAAUUGUGGCGGCAACGAUGAUCGUGGCAUGCGAUGUGCGCAUGUACGCGUGUAUGAGAUUGAAGAGGGAACAUGUAACAACAACAGCAACAGGGCGCCCGCACACAUGCUUGGGGUUGGGCGCGUUGUUUAUCGCAUCCAGCUCCUCUCGUUACCGCCAUGUGGGAGCCAAAUUAAAACCAGCAAGCAAGCGAA